AUGCUGAGUGCAAUGGAAGGCAGCCUCCUUUUUGUUGCUACUACUGAGGCUGUGAUGGGAGUUUUGGGGAGCUCAUUUAUUGCACUUGUAAACUGUACAAACUGGAUCAGGAGCAAGAAGCUCUCUAAAAUUGACUUUAUUCUCACUGGCUUGGCAUUCUCCAGGAUCUUUACCAUAUGGUUAAUAACUUUAGAUGCAUACUCAAAGGUUUUAUUUCAGGAUAUGUUUAUGACUAGUGAUCUAAGUAAAUGCAUAUAUUACAUAUGGGUAAUUAUUAUCUGCCUGAACAUCUGGCUUGCCACCAGUCUCAGCAUCUUCUAUCUCCUGAAGAUAGCAAAUUUUUCCCACUCCAUUUUUCUAUGGUUAAAGAGGAGAACUGAUAAAGUUUUUGCCUUUCUAAUAGGAUGCUUAAUUAUAGUGUGGCUAACUUCCUUUCCACUAGCUGCAAAGGUGAUUAACGAUGUUAAAAUGAGCAACACAUCCUGGCUGAAAGCGAGUUACAUCCUGGAGAAAAGCGAGUUACUGAUAAGCUGUGUUUUUGCCAAUAUGGGAGUCAUUUCCCUCUUUGUGAUGGCCCUGACUGCAUGUUUCCUGUUAAUUAUUUCCCUUUGGAGACACACCAGGCGGAUGCAAUCACAUGACUCAAGAUUCUGGGACCUCAACAGAGAAGCUCAUGUGAAAGCCAUGAAAGUUUUAAUUUCAUUUAUCAUACUCUUUACCUUACAUUUUAUGGGAUUUUUCAUAGAAGGAUUAUGCUUGUUUCUCACAGAAAACAAACUUCUGUUUAUUUUUGGUUUCACAAUGGUAUCCAUGUAUCCCUGCUGCCACUCGUUUAUUCUAAUUCUAACAAAUAGCCAGCUGAAGCAAGCCUUGAUAAGGGUACUGAAGAGAUUAAAGUGCUGUGAGACUUAA